AUGCUGGCAACCAUCCAGGGCCACACCCGCCAUGCUUGCGCUGGGCACGCUAAUGUAGCGUGGCGAUGGUGGAGGUGGUACGGGUGGGCCUCGUCGAGGACCAGGCAGAUGAUAUCCUCCGGGCGCAAGCUGCCCUGCCUCAGAUCGUUGGCGACCGUCUGGGGCGUCGCAAAGUUCACCCGCUUCUUGCGCCAGGCUAUCGCCCUCUUGGCCGCCAACGUCAUCCCCGUUAGGGACACCCAGUCAACCAACGGGAUCUCUGCGAUAGAGUGGCAUGCUUUGAUCUGCACAAGCAAGGUCUCCAAGGUUGCGUACGGCUAUGACUCUGCUAAUGAUGACAGAGAUGACAAAGACAAGGGUAAAUUGAUGAACAACAACGGGAUGCUUUCUUGGCUUGGUCGCCUCCUCACCCCGCUCGCCAACACACUCUGGAAGUUCUACAUUGACCAGACCCGCCUCUGCCCCUCACUCGCCUACUCCAACACCAUUGCGCUGCCCUGGCUCGUCAAUAGGGCUGCCUACCUCAUCAAAGAGCAAAUUAGAAGCCAUGAACAAUAUUACAACUCCGCAGCCCUCUGCGACGAAGAUGAAGGAAAACAAUGCCCGAUAAUUGGAUGCUUUCUAGCAUCUUGGUUUCCUCCUCAUCCCGCGCGGCAACAACCUCCAGAAGUUCUUGAUCGACCAGCCCCGCCUCCACCCCUUGCUUGCCGACCUCAUCCCUCCGCAUCCUCUCCCCCGGACUCACUGUUGCCGCCAGGGAGGCACACGAACGACUUGGCGAAAUCAGAUUGA